GCACAUAAUUCAAAAUUAACAUAAUAAUAAGAAAAACACCUGCCGAGUAUUUACAACCGGAAGUGUCAUCCGGAGCUAAAUUUGGAUUUCAGAUAUGAUGGAGUAGUGUGACCUGACCAACCAGAUGGCAUCUUUUGUUCCAUCACCUACCCACAGCUCCCUGACCACCUCGCCAAAUCUACGCAGUAACCUUCAGAUGGUACACGUUCAAACCAAGAGACAGGAUCUGCUGGACGAGAAAACAUAUCAACUGGAAGAAAUAAAAACAGACAUGAAUCUGGCUGAUUUCGCAGAGACCACAUCAUAUGGCAGACCUGCAUCCAGGGGGCAUUCUUUGUCCCCCUCUCGUAACCUGUCACCCUCUCCUAGCCUUUCACCUAUUGGUGGGAUCUCCAUUGAACAUAGAAUGAUAUCUGAUCUACGAAACCAGUUGGAUAGUCAAGCCUCGGAGAAUUCCAAACUGAGACAACAAAUUGAAUCUGCAACGUCAAGACAAACAUACAUCCCUUCAGUCCAAAGAUCUUCUGCCACCCCUACUCUGAACCAUGGAACAGUCCCAAGGAGCCUGUCAGACUCCUACGUCUCAAUGACACCCACAGUGAGGGAGACGGUAGAGUCCAUUCUCGCAAGGGGGAGUAGGAGAUCUCCCAUUGAUAAUGUAUCACUGCAUACAGAGUCUGCUACUGAGGUUCUUCUAAGAAAGCAACUUUCUGACGCCAGAGCUGAGAUGACGGUCCUCAAUGAGAGACUUAGAAAUGCAGAAACCAACGGUGAUCAGCAGAAGGCGCAGUUCAGGUCAGCUAUCGAGGACCUUCAGGCAAGGCUCAACGAAACCAUCGUAGGCAGAGAUUCAGUGCUAGACCUCAGAAAGAAGGAGUCAGAAGGCCAAGAGAAGAUGAUUGCUCAACUUCGGCAAUCAGUAAAAGACUUGGAUGCAGUAAUACGGCACCACGAAAAGAACCUCCUGGAAGCCAAUCACAGAGCAGACUCAACCCAGCAGACAGCCUCAUCCUGCUCCUCCGCUCUGCAGCAGAUCCGCUCCUUGCUCUCGGCCAAUCAACAACCACACCCCAGGGGCUCACUGCAGUACCCCUCCCCCACCAGACCUGGGGACGACCUCACUCGAACCCUGCCACCUUCCCAUGUUGUGAGGCUAGUGGAGGAGAGUCUGAGAGGUAGACUAGAAGCUAUCAGAGAGCUGGAGAGGUCUGUGACAGACCUGAAGAGGGAACUAGCGGCUGUGAGGAAAGAGGCUGAGGAGCAGACUAGAGCACUGUCCGUUGAAAACAGAGAAAAACUUUUGCAUGCGACAGAGGAUCAUAGCAAGCAACUGGAAACUCUCACUGAUAGAGCCACCAACGCUCGACAGCAAGCAGCCGGGCUGCAGACACAGUUAGCAGAAUUACAGUAA